AGCUACACCCGACUCAGCCCAUGGGCAGGUCUACCAAAAAGAGCCUCGGUUGUAGUGUAUAUAUGGUCUGAGUAACCCCGUUGGGAACUUGAGAUGGAUUCCUUUUCCUGUCGUGUCAGCAACGCGAGAACCAAAAAAACAACCAAGCUCAAACACGCAACCCUACGUCAAGAGUGUUGUCUGCCACUAUGAUGACCAAGAGCAGUCUCACAUGCCAAAUGACCCCACCGUAGACACUCCCAUCCCAAGCCCCUCGAAGACCUCUCUCAACAUGAACGGCCUCCCGUCAAGACGCCUCCCAACCUCCGCCCGCGUCCACCCAAGGUUCCUCCUUUACCUCCACGGCUCCCGCGCCGGAAGCAUAAAGUGGAUUCCCCCAGCCGUAGCGCUCGCCUGCGCCGCGGCCGGGUACGGAGUCUCCGUGGCUGCUCGGAUCGAGGAGCACCAGAAGCAGCAGCGGGUGAGCGACGAGGAAGCCGACAAGAUGCGGCGGGCGGCGCUGCUCGCGGACGCGUACGGGGACCGGUCGAGCCUGGAGGAGCUGGAGCGCGCCAUGAGGGUUUACGAGACGGGGCGGGGAGGCGGGUGAAGAUGGGAAACGUCCCGGCGGGGUUUCGGGGCCGCGUCUAGGGUUUUGUUGUUGCUGUUGUUGUUGAUGACGAUGAUGAUGAUGACGACUACUUUUCAAUCAUACCUCUGUGUAGAUAUACCAUCGUCCUGUUGUUUAGCGCCGCAUUAUUGGCUGUCUUAUGUCAAUGGGAUUAUUUUGACAUGCCAACCUAGUGAGCCCGUCGAGAGAGUCAAGGAAGGGCCAACUGGUCUUGCUUACGACGUGACAAAGGGUACCAAAAUGGGGAAAAUGCAUUGUCAAAUGCUGCUCAUGCGGAAGCGAUCACCAGUUCUACCGCAUGGUUGGGGGAUCCGUGUCAGCAACCCGG